CCCUACAGGCCUCUCGCUCUCAUCCUCUCAAUAUCUGACAGUCGACCACCCUCCUUCAGCUUUUUGCUCUCUCUCUCUCUCUCUCUCUCUCUCUCUCUCUCUCACAUAUCCUCGCUUCAACCCUCUUGGAGUUGGAAAGCUUCGCCAAAUAGGAUAUUAGAUGGAGUCUCUUGGUUAUGUGGAUGACCUCCUGAAUUUCUCAUCAGACAUAGGUGAAGAAGAUGAGGAGGAUGAUAAACCUAGGAAAGCCCUGUCUUCUCUUACCCUUAAAUGUAGUGAUCCUGCAUCAUUAAAUGCUUUGAACGCAGAUGAUCCAAACCAUUCAUUUUCUGAGUUUGCAGAAGAAGAGCUUGAGUGGCUAUCCAACAAAGAUGCUUUCCCGGCUGUUGAAACAUUUGUUGACAUUCUCUCUAUUCAACCAAACCUAUCAAAGCCCCAAACCCCAGUCUCAACGCUUGAAUACAGUGCAAGCAGUACCAACAGUAAUAACAGUGCUAACAAUGUUACCCUCUUAGACGGCUAUAAUCACACUAAGGUUCCUGUCCGACCACGAAGCAAGCGUCAUAAUAGGCAACCCCGUGGUGUUGCUGACAUAUCUAGCCGGCAAAUUUGGCGGAACCAACCGAGUAACACGAUUACCAAGCCAGAAGCAAUGAUAACAAUCUCAGUAAUAGGAAGGAAAUGCCAGCACUGUGGAGCAGAAAAAACUCCACAGUGGCGGGCAGGACCCCUUGGGCCAAAAACUCUUUGUAACGCAUGUGGGGUUAGGUACAAGUCUGGGCGACUUUUGCCUGAAUACCGCCCUGCAAGUAGCCCUACAUUUUGUAGUGAAUUGCAUUCAAAUUCCCACAGGAAGGUAAUUGAGAUGAGGAAGCAAAAGCAAAUGGGAAGCAACGGAUGAAGGUGAUGGUAAUGGUGAGUUUUGCUUUAGAACAUAGAAAUUAGUGUCGUUAGGACUUAGUUAUUUCUUUUAAUUAUUUAUAUUUAAUUUAAUUUAAUUCUUCUCUCUCUGUGGGAUGAGCUUAGAUCACAGCUAAAAUUAUUUGUUUUUAUGGAUGAUCCAAUCAGGCGAGUCUUGAAUUUGUAGUGUCAUGGUUUUGUUGGAAACGACUAGUCAAACAUUCUAUUAGUUUUGGCUGUUUUCAUGGUUGUCAUUUUAGUCAGAUUCAGGUUUAGGUAAAGCAUGAGUCAGUUUAGUGAUGGAUAAUGUAAUAUACAGUCUAAUGUUGUUGUGACAUCGUUUAGGUUGUCUUGAGACAUUGUAACAUUGUUCAUGUUGUAUUUUUAAGGUUGAUCUGUUGUAUGACUUAUCGGAAAAGACAGGCAAUAUUUGUCCCUUAAUUAUCUGAUCGUCUUUUGACUUAGAA